AUGACGGCGCGCGCGCGCGACGGGACGUACGGCGGCGUCGGCGCGGCGGCGGCGGAGGACGCGCCGAAGGUUCCGAAGGAGGAAGCGAACUUUGCGCUGAGCGGAUUGCUCGCCGCGGAGACGAACUCGGUGCGAGGGGUGGCGCUGAAACAUAGCGAGCCGCUGGGGGAGGCAAAACCGCCGAGCGCGGCGUGGCGGUUGUAUUGCUUCAAGGGGGACGUCGAGUGCGAGCCGCCGUACAAGUUGUCCGGUUCGAAGACGAGUUAUCUGAUUGGACGCGAUCGAGCGGUGGUGGAUAUUCCGAGCGACCACCCGAGCUGUUCGAAGCAGCACUGCGUGAUUCAGUUUCGAGAUUUAGACGACGGGCGCGGGAGCGAACCGUACGCGUACGAUUUGGGAAGCGCGAACGGGACGCGCGUGAACAAGCGCGCGAUCGAAGCCAAAGCGUACGUGCGGUUAAAGUCCAAGGACGUCAUCAAGUUUGCUCACAGCUCGAGAGAUUACGUAUUACUGCGUGAAGACGUCGUGGAAUCUUGA